AUGACGUGCAGGUGUGUGAAACUGGUGGCAGUAAACGUACUCGUAUACUUUAUAUGCUCGUCAAAGUUCAUUUCAGUAUGUGUAGCAACCAGAGAAACGUCAAAAAUUAAGAAUAUUUUAACCGGAAACAUAACAGGGGACCCGGUUCCAUCAGCGUACCCAGUGUUGAAGAUAAACCAAUCGGCAAAUAACGAUUCCUCGUUCUACAACCACUACAGUGAGGAGCUGAAAGAGAUAGAAGCAGAAGCGAUGGAGUUAAUGAGUAAGCAGAGGAAGAUAUUCGAAGGACUGACAAGGAAGCUAAAAGAUCAAAACAAACUGUUCGAUGAGUUAUCCAUGGCAGCACAAACACAAUGA